AGUAAGCAUAGACAGAAUGAGAGAGAAAGGGUUAGAGGACGGAUGAAGUUUUAAACCGUUGAUCACGGUAGGUGAUGACAGCUGCUCAACAACAAGGACAUUCCUCAGCAACAAACUGAAGAGAGAUCCGGAUCCUUUCCUACACAGAAUUUUGUCAUCGCAAUAUACUUUUUUGUGAGUACAUAUAAAACGAAAGAAGCUGCAAUCUGAAGAACGUUUAGUGAAGAAGCACUUGUUUCACUUGCUUAAAAGACGGGAAAAAUACAACAAUGAAUAAUAUGGAAUUAAGAUAAUGCACAGAGGAAAUCUUCAGGUUUGAGUUUAAGGAGUGCCAAAGCAUGGCGACAGAAUAAAAAUGGGCAAUACCUCUGCUACCAUGUGACCAAUCCAAGCGCUGAUUUUAUCUGGAGACGAUAAUUUAGAGGGGAAUUCUUUGGAAACGCUUUUGCUCAAUAAAUUGGUUUCUUGCAAGCAAACAAAUGUGCAUUACUUGAAUUUGAAUGUCCCACCACCUUCGGACGGGAGGAAGUCUGUGACAAUGCUGGACGAGCCCACAGAAAAAACAAAAGCACAACUAUCCAAAGCAGAAUGGCUAGCAAUAGCGUCUCGUCCAUGCUGGAGCUCAACCAAACAGGGAGUGAGGACCGGGAAUCCCUCCAGCCUGGAGAACAACUCCGUUGGGCCGCACUGCUCAUUCUUCUGGUCAUCAUCCCCACCAUUGGUGGAAACAUCCUGGUCAUUCUGGCAGUUUCACUGGAGAGAAAACUGCAGAACGCCACUAACUUCUUCCUGAUGUCUCUGGCUGUGGCCGAUCUACUGGUGGGACUGCUAGUCAUGCCCAUCGCUCUGGUUACUGUGCUAUUCCACUCCAGAUGGCCCCUUGCAGAUUUCCUGUGCCCUAUCUGGCUCUUUCUGGACGUCUUGUUCUCAACUGCCUCCAUCAUGCACCUGUGUGCCAUCUCCCUCGACCGAUACAUUGCGAUCAAGAAACCAAUCCAGCACAGCCAGUUCAAGUCCAGAGCUAAAGCGCUGGCUAAAAUCGCACUGGUCUGGCUAAUCUCUAUAGGUAUUGCAAUACCUAUUCCAAUCAAAGGGCUACAAGUCUUCGACCAUCCAAAUAACAUCACCUUCAACAACAACCACACCUGUCAGCUGUCACGAGAAGGAUUUGGGGACUUCAAGGUGUAUGGGUCUUUGACAGCUUUCUUUAUACCUCUUACAAUUAUGAUGAUUAUCUACUUCCUGACAAUCCAAGUGCUGCGCAAAAAGGCCUAUCUUUUGAGAUGGAGAGCUUCAAGGACCAGCAUUUCCACCAUCUUCCACCAGCCGGUUCCCUCUUCGCCUGUGAAAGUGGCCACUUCAAAUGGAUUUAAAAGGGACCGAACACUGCGUCCCAUCACAAGGAAUGAUAUCCCUCUCCGUAGGAUGUCCACCAUAGGAAAGAGGUCCAUGCAAAACUUGACCAAUGAACAAAGGGCGUCAAAGGUUCUGGGGAUUGUAUUCAUGUUGUUUGUUGUGAUGUGGUGUCCUUUCUUCAUUACCAAUGUGACUUCUGUACUCUGUCAAGGGUGCAACAGUAAUCUAGUGGAACGACUGUUGGAUAUCUUUCAAUGGGUGGGCUACGUUUCUUCAGGAAUCAACCCCCUGGUUUAUACACUGUUCAACGGGACGUACAGGCAGGCCUUUAGGCGCUACAUCACAUGUAACUACAGACGUGUAGAGACUCCGAAAAUGCAACGGAGAAGCAAAAUUAAUUUUCGGUCAUCGAUGACCAAGAACUCAAAGCGGUUUAUGAAACACAGUAUGAAGAACGGAGUCAGCCCUGUAAGUUAUCAGAGUCCUCUCCUCUCGAGUCGUCCCACGGAUCUGCAGACUUCUGCAAACAUCACGUUGAACAUCUUGCUCCUGUCAGACAAUGAAGACUGCAAACCUGACGAUCACGUAAGCCACGUGUAGUAUAUCUGACACACUUCGGAUAAGAAGCCAAGUUAGAGAUGUGCCAGUCUUUCAGUGCCAAAAGCCCAUGUUUAGAUGUAGUCCAAAAGGAGUUCAGAAGGACUGCAUUAAAUGGUCAUAGCCGCUCCAUCUUAAAGCCUUGGAUUGGCAGAUAGAAUGGCAUAUAAACUGAAUGUCUGGAAGAACCCCCAAAAAACAAAAACAAAUUGCUUUGGGGAGUGAAAGUCACGGCCAACCUAAUAAUUGGCAAUACUGUGAAAAAAAAAAACGUACUUACGGCAAAGAGAGAACUGUUUUUACACAACCCAAAGUUAGUAGACUGGGUCUACAAUGUGAAGCCAAAAUAAGACACCUUUGUCAAAAUAAGCACAAGUCUCAAAUAAAUCACACCUCCACUUACCUUCUGUAUACAAGAAAAUUAAUAAAUGCUUCACUAAAUUAUUGCAGAACUUUUUUAACAUGUGUAGAUGGAUCAAAGUUGCUUUUGUACAAUGAAGAAUAACUAUUUGUAGAUACUGACAUUUUUCAAUACUUCUGCCGAAUAAACUUUAUUUUCCAGAUAAAGGAGCUACGAAGUGUUAAUUCUGGUGAAUGCUUACAGUUCAUGAUUGCAAAAUGUGUCAAUGGUGCUACUUUUUAGUUGUGAAAGAUGCACUCCUAUGAAGAAAACCUUGUGUUUUAUUGUAUGUUCUUAUAGUGAGAAAUUCCAUUCGCAUUUAUAAAGUGAUAAACAACACCCAUAAAAAAGGAGGUGUGCAGUUGUAAUAUGGAUGUGUAGCAGGGAUAGGGGCCUGUGGGACAGACGACAGAAACCUGUUCAACUGUUUUAGCUCUGUACACUCUCUAAACACUGGAAGGAUUUAUAUAGACUUUUUUAACUGACAACUGAUCAUGGGAAUAUCGCAAUGGCCUUUUUAGGGCUUAAAAUAGUUCACCAGUUAUAUUUGGCUCCGUCUGAGGGGGAACUUACUGCCGGCAAAAUAAUAAUAAAAAGGAUAAGCAUAUGGGACAACACAACAUGUUUCACCCUGGCAUGCAGGAUGUUUAAAGGUGCAAGCUGUUCUUGAUUGAGAUCUGUGGUUAAACUCUACUACUUCAAAGUAUUUUUGUCCUGAAACGGCUGAUUUUUAAGGUCAACAAAUGCUGCAAUUUAGAUCGAUCCAUGAUCAGUGCUGGCUAUUUUGAGAUUUACUCAACAUCCAGAUGUUUUGAACUCAAGAAUGCAUAUUGUGAGUGUGUGAUGGGCAUGAAUCUAAACCAGAUUAGGGUCUGGUUUUGAAAAAAAUAUGCAUUUUUAGGUUUGCCAAGAUGCAUGAAGGUAAAUAGAAUGACAAAGGGGAGUAAAUAAAUAACUAAUUUCUGGUUGAACUGCUGCAUAAGGGGAAUAUGACAGAAUCUCCAUUACCUCUGUUGACAUUUAAAUCAGAGGUAUGGGUGGAGUCUCGAGUGUGUAUACAUUAAGGGCUGUUUAAUCGGGGCUACUGGCAAGCCAUCUCAGAGCGGCUCAUCCCGAUGAGGUCUGUUUAUAAUGAAGCGCAGGAUGAGACGACAAUAGGAGAGAGAGAGAGACAGGUAAGGACUGACAGUGCCAUACCUGAACAAGAUUAAUCCAAUGGACUCGACGGCGGCCCUCCGAACAUCAUCGUUCACGUCACUUACCUGACAGGAAGAAGGACCAGAAAUCAGAGCGGUGCAUGCGGAUAAAAUAUUACAUUCAAUACAUCCCUCAUUGAGCAGUGGCUAACUUUAACUCUGUUUGGUAUGCAGGUUAUGUUCUUGCUGUUGUAUAAAUACAUUAAACUGCCUGAGCUUUACCAGAGCGUAACUCUGAAACACUGAGAUUACAAUAAAACCUACAGCAGAACAAGAAACAAGAACAACACUGCAAGCUCUUGUCCAAAAGCACUUAUGGAAAUGUCGCCACCUGCAGGAAAUGCAGGACAGAUGCCCUUCUCAGCACAAAAAUAGAUCUCAAAAAGUACAAAAAGAGGGAAAUCUACACUAUGUAUAAUGUUUUUGUUUUUUUCCCCUCUAUUAACGGUUUUUUUUUUUUUUUACAAAAUUAUUUAAAUCUAAUUAUUUAUCACAAGAUUAUGGCCUUUUUUUUCAGAAUUCUAAAAAUACUGACCUAAUAUUUAUUUAUGUUUAAUGACAUUUAAUCUAAUAAAGCACACAGCAUACAUUUUGGAAUGAAAUUCCUGAUUUUUCAAUGAUACUCUGCUGCCCUGACAAAGAUAUUAGUAAAAAGUUAUUAAACAAUUAUAUUAUACCAUAUUAUAUAUGUUGUCUUCUGAUUUUAAAACCCCCCCCCCCCUUUUUUUACAAUGUUUUUUUUUUUUUAAUAACUACAUGAAACAUGACAAACCCUUUUUUUCUUUCUUGUAAUUGAGGAAUGACUCAUAUGUGUUUGCAUCUGAUAAUACUUGUUGUUUGUAAUAUUUGUAAA